AUGGCCCGAGGCGAUGUAGAUGACAUUGGUAAACACUGUCAGAUGGAGUAUUGUGGGAGGCUCGACUUCCUGCCUUUCCCGUGUCAAUGGUGCAACAAAGACUUUUGUGUUGAUCACAAGAGCAUAGAAGCGCACAAAUGCCCCGACGUGAAGAGUGUAGAGAAUGGGACCAGCACGACAUAUGCACAUGAAUCCGGUCGUGAACGCCCCUGCUCAAAACCGUCCUGCAAGAACGUCAUCGACACUCCUCUCAUAGGCGGCGUAGACUGUCCACGAUGCAACAGACGAUACUGCAUGACACACCGCCACGAAGAGCAGCACGACUGCAAAAACCUCAUACCGAUUGGCGCCCGCCCAUCUACCGUGCAGCAGCGGACACAAUCGGCGCUGUCGAAGCUGAAGCUCUGGGCGGAAAACAAGCGGAACGAGGACGAGAAGAGGCAAUCCGGCCCUAAGAAGUCUGGAUUUCUUGGGCUGGGCAGGGGCUCCAACUCGAGCGCAGCUGUGUCUGCGCAGGUCGAGUUGAACGCACUGAAGAGGGCGGCGAAAGGCGAUGCCAAGGUCCCACCAGAGAAGAGGAUCUACUUGCACGUCGAAGCAUCGACCGACACCACCAAGGCCAAGUAUCCAACGGGGAAGUUUUUCUACAGCAAAGACAUCACUGUGGGACGAGUCUUGGACAUGGCAGCAAAGGCGUUGCAGGUGGAGAACGUGAACAACCGCGGCGGUGGAGAGCAGGACAAGCUGCGCGUGUUCCACGUGCAAGCCGGGCGGUUGCUGAAGUUCAGUGAGAAGAUUGGAGACGUGUGUCUGAGCGGCAACAUGAUCGUUCUGCUGAGAGGCGUCGGCGAUGGAGAGGCAAAUCUCAUCGACCUAUGA